GCGGAACGCGCGUUCAAUGAACGCGCAGUAACAUAGGAUGCGCGCAGUCAUCUGGAACAGCACCAUGGGGGAACUUCAUUCCAAGGCCACACGGCAGCUGCAGCAAGAUCUGAACCACAACGUGAAGACACUUGCAGCAGCCGUCAAGGUUGCAGACUCCCAGCUGAAACAGUUGGACGCCCGCAUUGCUACUCUGGAGGCARGGCCUCCCCAAGCAGCGCCAGGYUGCACGACRGACRYRAYGAAGCAGCUCAAYGGGCGCAUCGAUCAUSUCGUCAAUCUYAUCGGCGACYUAGGUGCUUUCACUGGGCCGGACACGAUCAGUAGCACGGUGGCCGCCAUCAAGACGGACAUCACCAAGCUGCAGACGAGACCGGACGCCGCUACCAAGAAUUUCAAGAUGCCGCAGUUCACCAUUAGCAAGUUCGAUGACUACAACAAGACCGACGCUUUGACAUGGUGGCAAGGUCUCCUCACGGAAGCAUCCUGCCGCACUGUCCCGACUGAAGACAUGUUGAAGGCGCUCUACCUACAACUGAUUGGAGGAGCGCAGGCAUGGAUGAAUCACCUGGCGGCUACCAAGCAAUGCACCAUUGCCGAACUCCACACGCACAUCACGUGGAAGGAGUUCGAGCAACUAUGGUUCACUCGAUUCAUGGUCCGCAACGUCGUGAAGGCGGCCAUGAACGAGGUGUACACUUGCUCACAGGGAAAUAUGCCAACUCGAGACUGGACGAUUAAGUGGCAAAAGAUAGUGACCACGCCAGGCUUCGAUUUGAGUUUUACAAACCAACGAUCCGAGUUCUUCCCGCGAUCAUGCGCAGGAUUGCGGUCGGUACUCGGCAACGAGUACGACUAUACCUCGUUCCAGGCUAUUCUGGACCGCGCAAACCUGGUCAUCCAAACGGACGACAAGGCCGCUAACGAGAAGCAGUCCCAGCCGCACUAUGUGGCUAAGCCGGCCUAUCAACGACCAGCAUAUAACAAUGUUGUGAUUUCUGAAGAAACAAUCGAUCUCCACGCUGCAGCAGCAUCCUCGAGUGAUGGAAGAAUUGUAGCAGCGCUCCCGCCGAAGCGUCCCAAGAGACUGGUACCACCACUAGACCAGCCAAGCCACGUGCACUUAGAUUGCGCAUGCGCAGCCUGUACACCGUCGGCAAGUGAUCCGGUCAGCUCGCCACUGAUUUCCGAGGACUCGACGGCGUGGUCAAGACUUGAGGAGCUUGACCCGCUCACGAGAGAGGACUUCGCUUGGAUGCCUCUACCCUCGACCGGAACCUUGCCAAGGCCGCAUUGCAAUGCCUUGAUGGCAAAUCUACGCUCCUAUUUGCACACUACAGUACAAGCUUCGUUGACGGACGACGGGGUAGCGGUUGUCGAUCUCCGCUCCUAUCUUGCGAAGAUUGACCGCGAGUAUGCCACCCAAAGGUACGCUGAAACCGACGCGUCUUUGCUCUAUAUCCACAUUCAAGUCGGAAAGGCAACCUGUAGUGCCUUGAUUGAUUGCGGAGCGUCUCGCAACUUYAUGAGUCAAGCCUUUAUGGCCCGCGCAGGCCUUGGCCCGCACGUUCGAAGGAAGACGCAACCCACGCAAGUUAUACUCGCGGACGACCGCACGCAAAAGUCAAUUGACCGAUGCGUCGACGGCGUUCCGGUAUACUUUGCGCCACUUGCGUGCGAGCUGGUGUCUUUUGACAUCCUCGACACCAAGUUCGACAUGAUUCUAGGCAUGUCUUGGUUGCGUAGCGCUGAUCAUCCGGUGAACUUCCACGACCGGACCGUUCACAUCCGUGAUCGGAACGAAAUGUUAGUCCCAUGUACGGUCGCAACCCCUCACACUUCGAUUGCUUGUCACGUGGUUUUCGUUGCAAGAAUUCGCAACGCCAUUACUCGGAAUGACGUCGAGGAGAUGGGCCUUGUAUUCUUGUAUGCUCUCCCCUCGCCGGACGGACCAGCCGCGUCACCGCCGGACCCACGCAUUUCUCACCUCUUGGACGAAUAUAGAGACGUCGUCGAGGCUCCCGCUGGAACGGUUCCGGAUCGGCCCAUACGUCACGGGAUCACUCUUGAGGCUUGCAUCGUCCCUCCGCGUGGAUGCAUCUACCGCAUGAGCGAAGAGGAACUCGAGGUGCUAUGCGCACAACUCGAUGACCUUCUCGACAAGGGAUGGAUUCGCCCUAGUUGUUCGCCCUACGGUGCCCCUGUUCUCUUCRUCUGGAAGAAGAACAAAGAUCUACGGUUAUGCAUCGAUUAUCACAAACUUAACGCACAAACCGUAAAGAAUGUCGGCCCUCUCCCUCGGAUUGAUGAUCUCCUUGAGCGGUUAGGCGGCGCGACGUACUUCUCGAAGUUGGACUUGAAGUCGGGCUACCACCAGAUUGAAAUCCAGCCUCAAGAUCGAUACAAAACCGCGUUCAAGACGCGGUACGGGCAUUUUGAGUGGGUUGUCAUGCCUUUUGGCCUCACCAAUGCCCCCGCGACUUUCCAAGCAGCUAUGACGACUGAGUUUCGCGACUUGCUCGAUCGCAGCGUCCUCAUCUACCUCGACAACAUCUUGGUUUAUAGUAGGACGUUGGACGAGCACAUCAUACACCUUCGCGUUGUUUUGGAUCGUUUGCGACUGACCAAGUACAAAGCGAAUCUCGACAAGUGCGAGUUCGGCAAGCAGGAGCUUGAGUACUUAGGACAUUUUGUCACGCCGAAAGGCAUUCGUCCCUUAGCGGACAAGAUCCAAGCCAUCGUGGAUUGGCCGGAACCCCGUUGCACGACGGAUGUACGCUCUUUCAUGGGUUUGGCUGGAUAUUAUCAGCGAUUCGUCGAGUCAUACUCGAAAGUGGCCGCUCCUUUGUCGAGACUUCAGUCCCCGAAGGUGGCCUUCGAGUUCGACGACGCAGCCCGUGGCGCGUUCACUACGUUGAAGGCAGCGAUGCAAGCCGCACUUGCCGUCUGUAUAUACGACCCCAACCUUCCCACCCAAGUGACUACGGACGCUUCGGGAUACGGUAUUGGUGCGGUGUUGGAACAAUGUCACGAGGACGGUGGGCAUCCGGUCGAGUAUUUCUCCCAAAAGGUGCCUCUCGUCAACACUCUCGACGGCGCUAGGAAGAAAGAGCUACUCGAGUUCGUCACCGUUCUCAAAAGGUGGCGCCACUUUCUUCUCGGCCGUCGGCGUUUUAAAUGGAAUACGGACAACAAUCCAUUGACCUUUUACAAAACGCAGGAUACGGUCACUAGCACGAUCGGUCGAUGGAUGUAUUACAUCGACAAGUUCGACUUUGACCCGUGCCACAUUCCCGGUCCAACCAAUCGAGUUGCGGACGCCCUCUCACGACGGCCCGACUUUUGUGCCAUUGUGACCAUGACAUUCGACCUCGAUGACGAUCUGCAGCCGAAUUUCGUCAAAGGCUACAAGUCCGAUCCGACUUACUCUACGUUUUAUGUGGAGCUUUCAUCGGAUCACCCGCCGGCUAGCCACUAUCGGAUUUCUGACGGGUUCCUUCUCCUUCACACGAGAGGAAAAGACAUGUUAGUUACGGAUGGCCAGAUGGAGCGAGCGCACCAGACCACUCAGAUGAUGUUUCGUACGCUCAUCCGUCCCGACCAGAAAGAUUGGGUUGAGUGGCUUCCCGACAUCGAGUUCGCCUAUAACACUUUGGUGCACCCGGCGAUCUUCGUCGCACCAUUCGAGCUACAUCAUGSUGGAGAGAAAGCACGGAUCUUCGCUGAUCUCCUUUUGCCACAGGCUGCCGGCAUAGACGUCCCUUGCUCACCCGCUUCCGUUCGGAAGUACCGGGACGUGCUGAUCAAAGCCCGCGCGAAUAUGCAAAAGGCUCAGAUCCGCAUGCAGCAACAGGCUAACCGACGUCGACUUCCAUGUCCUUUCCGCGAGGGAGACCUUGUUUGGGUCCUCUCCGAGGAAUUUGCGCUCGAACAGGACGUUUCGCGCAAACUCCUUCCGAAAUGGUUCGGACCAUGGGAAGUCACUUCUGUCGUUGGAGACGACCCCGCAGGUCCUUCCUUUGUGGUCAACAUUCCUCCGCACCUUCCAGUGCACCGGGUCUUCCACGCGUCGAAGCUGGCCAUCUACACGCCACCUUCCGCCRACGARUUUCCCGGCCGUCGAUCACAGGAUCCGCCUUCUAUGGACGGACAUCAGGAAGUCGACCGAGUCGUCACGCACCGCAAGUAUAUCAACAAGCCAAUGCAGUUCAAAGUCACAUUCAAGCAAUGUGCGCCUGAUGACACUCGGUGGAUCUCCAGUACAGAUUUGCAGACUUCUGCACCCCUUAUCUUCGUCGACUAUGAGAAGCGACGCCUUGCUAAGGAAGCAACUCGUCCCGCUCGACCCACCCCGGUAUCGGACAGACAACUCCGCCCUCGCACGUAGCUCGGUCUUUUAAGAGGGGGAGUGUGUUACAUCUUCGACGCCACACGGGUCCUACCGGACCCGACUUAGGGCCAGA